AUGUCGGUUGGUGAGAUAUUCUCCGACGCUCAGCGCUCGUCUGCUGGCCACAUCCAUAAAUCCCUGGCAAAGCGCCUGCGUCGUCUCGAAAACAACCCCGACUUCGAUGCACACCUCCAACAAUGCGUAUUCCGUCUGUUAGAUGUUAGCAAGUCCGAAGUUGCUGGCAAUCGGGUCAUCAAAUUCCUCACAAUCUACCUCGGUUCAGACAAUGCGUCAAGCCGAACCACGUCUUCUAUUCUACUUGCCUUGCUCCCGUUUCUGUGUGCGAAAGACAAAACCGUCCGAUACCGAGCCACCCAGGUCAUUUCCCAGAUUCUGGGUGUGCUGAGCACCAUUGACGAUGACUUGUACAAGGUUAUCAGACAUGAAUUGAUCAAGAGACUGAGAGACAGAGUACCUGCUAUCCGAUUGGAGGCGGUUCUAGCACUAGGGCGGCUGGUAGAGAAUGAGAUGGAGGAGGAGGAGGAGGAGGAGGAGGAGGAAGAGGAGGAGCAGGAUUCGCAUGAAGACCUGGCACCAGGCUUGCUUGAGAAAUUACUGGAUGUCUUGCAAAACGACACCAAUGCCGAAGUCAGACGAGCUCUCCUGCUAAAUCUUCCAAUCACGCCCAAGACAUUACCCUAUUUGCUUGAGCGGGCCAGAGAUCGCGACAGUCCAACGAGAAGGGCAUUGUAUGAGAAACUUCUGCCAUCGCUGGGUGAUUUCCGACACCUGUCCUUGUCAAUGCGAGAAAAACUCUUAAGAUGGGGUUUGAGAGAUCGCGAUGAGAAGGUUCGCCGAGCUACUGCUCGCUUGUUCAGUCAGCGAUGGAUUGAGGAUUGUGCGGGGUCCAGAGUUGAGGAAUCUGAUGAAUCCCAAGAAGAAAAGAAGGAGCUUCAUGAUCCAAGCAUCCCUGCAUUGCUGGAGCUGUUGGAAAGAAUCGAUACUUUGAACACAGGAAAUGAGGCCGGCAUCGCCCGUGAAGCGAUGAAGGAAUUUUGGGCGGGCCGGCCUGACUAUCGUCGCGAAGUUGUCUUCGACGACGAGUUUUGGGAGAAUCUAACCCCUGAAUCAGCCUUUAUGGCGCGCACAUUCAAUGACUAUUGCCAACAAGAUGCCAAAUGUCACUCCAUACUGGAGGAAAAGAUGCCGGAAGUUACGCGACUGGGAUUUCAUCUUCAGAAGCACAUCAACGACCUCCUUGUCAAGGCCCAAAAUGCAAACGAAUCUGAUUCCGACGAAAAGAUGGCCGAACAGGCAGAGCAGGAAUUCAUCGUUGAGCAGCUCCUGUACAUUGCUCAAACCUUGGACUAUACGGAUGAAAUUGGAAGGAGAAAGAUGUUCUCGCUUUUGCGCCAUGCACUUUCAAUGGCAGAUCUCCCUGAAGAAUGCACUCGACUUACAGUGGAGGCCCUGCGACUCGUCUGCAAUGCUGACGCGGCCGGUGAAAGAGAAUUCACCUCCGUCGUCCUCGAAGCAAUUGCUGAAGUCCACGAUAACAUCGCGUCUUCCGACCUCGAGGACGAGGGAAACGACGAAGACAGCUUCGUCUCUGCUCGCAGCGAAGUUAGUGGCAAUUCAGCUGAUUCAACGCCCAAGAACAACAGCAACGGCCCAAGCAAGCGGAACAAGAAUCUCACUGCGGAGGAACAAGAAGCCCAAGCCAUCAAGGAAAUCGUCAUCAACAUGAAAUGCCUCCACAUUGCUCAGUGCAUGUUACAAAACGUGGCCGGCAACUUGCAAUCCAACAUUGACCUACGCACGAUGUUCGACAAUUUGGUCAUCCCCGCCGUUCGUUCUCACGAGGUCCUAAUCCGUGAGCGAGGCGUGCAAUGUCUCGGUCUAUGCUGCUUACUCGAGCCCAAACUCGCCGACGAGAAUAUGAAACUGUUCACACUCUUGCUCAAAAAAGGCCACGAAGCACUUCAGGUCAUGGCACUCCAGAUCCUGUGCGACAUCCUGCUCGCUCGAGGACGGCCCUCACUGAGCCAAAAUACAACGGAUGGCGCUGCGUCGCCCCCUGCCAUUGCUGACGGCGAAGCAGCAAACAAUAACGUCAACACUAGCACGGCAACCACCAAUGUCCCAGCCCUCCUCUCUCCUUUCAUCAAGGCUCUUUCGCAGAAUUUCCCAGACGAAGUCCGCGCUACCGCUACGACUAGUCUGUGCAAGCUCAUGCUGUGCGGCUUCUACAAGGACCAUGAAGAGCUGUUUGAUCAGAUUGUCGAGCGGGCUGUUCAGGUUGCUGCCAAGGGAUGGGAGCUGUUGGAGAAAGUCAAGAUGGCGGCCGCAGUCGAGAGACAGAAGGACAAGAUCGGUGAAAAGGAAAGGGAAAGCAGUGGUAUCGGGAGCGCCAGAGCCAGUACGGAGGGGAUUGCUCACAGUGAUGGGAACACGAGGGUCAGUGAUGAGGGUGUCGAUGCCUAA